GAGAGAGAGAGAGAGAGAGAGCGAGAGAGAGCGAGAGAGAGAGCGAGAGAGGCAAUAACAGGAAACACCGCGCGCAGGGCUUUCCUACCGAGUCGAUGCUCGCGCUGACCAGAGCAAACGGAAGGGCACGAGAGGAGCGGCUGCAGACAGAUACAACGGGAAGAGGAACAUUAGAAGAACCCCUCACAACUCUAAACGGAACCAACCGGUUCUAACAGUCUCACGGAGAGAGAGAAAAAGAGAGAGAACAGUCGGUUUCCGUGCGGGAGUUAUCCAGUUGAGUGAAAACAGUCAUCGAGGAGGAGAAGAGAAGGAGCUAUGGAUUCCCCCUCUGAUCUGUUUGGUCAUCAGUCCUCCCUGAUUUCACCUUUCGACCCGUACCCCAACCCCUCCGACCACCCUACACCCUCAGGAGGGGGGCACGGUGCACCCUGCCCCGGAGCCAACCCCUCCUCGCGACCCCCCUACCCCCUCAUUCACCACCUGUUGCAGCCUGGUGGAGCCCCCAUGAGGUCUGGGGGGCAAUUACACCUACACAGAUAUAACAGGGAAGAGGAGAAGGAGGAAGGAGGGAUGGACAGAGAAGAGGAGGAGGAGGAGGAGGGGGAGAGGAUGGGUGGAGGAUUGGUAGGGGUGGGGGUAGGGGGGAAGAGGCUCAGUGGUGCUGCCCUAGUGGCGGACUGGGGUUAUGACAUGCUGAGAGUGAAGAGAUUGAGACUGGAGAGUCUAGUUAAAGGAGAUGGAGAAAUAGGCUUAGAGGAAGAGGAGGAGAGAGGGAGGAGGAGUGUGGAGAGGGGGAACAGGGAGAGAGGGAGGGAGGAGAGGAGAAAGGAGAGAGAGGAGCUGAAGGAACAGUUGGAAGAGGCGAGAGGAAGACUGAAGACCUUGCAGGAGAAAGUAUGGAAAGCUUUCGGAGAGAGACCCACUCAGGAGGAGAGGAGGAGCGGAAGAGAGGAGGAUGGGGAUGGAGGGAUGGAUGAAGAGGAGGAGGAGGAGGAGACGGCAGAAGGGAUCACUGAAGAGGAAGAGGAGGGGGGAGAAAUAAACAAUAUGUCUCUUUCCUUCAUCCCCUCUCCUCCUUUCUACAGCAUCGCUAAACAAGACCAAAAAGCCAGGGAUCAUGGGAAACAAAUGGGUGAAGAUAAGGGGAACGUGAACGGAGGAGGGGGGGUGUUUUUGGAGGGGGUUCUGGAGAGAGCGGCGGUGUGGAUGGGGUGUGGGGUGGUGAGGGGGGAGUGGGAGGGUUUUGGGGGAGGAGGCGGGGGUCAGAAGUUUGCCCAAGCUUUGAAACAGGAACUGGGGAGUGCUGUAGCUCGAGUCAUCGAUAGGGUCCUCCGUCUAUACACCCAAAACGAACCUCUCCCUCCCUCUAUCCAUCCCUCCAUCUUGUCGUCCAGAGAGAGAGGGAACAAGGGAAGAGGCGGUGAAGGAGUGUGGGCAACCCCUAGAGAGAGGGAGGAGAGGAGGGGGCGAGGGGGUGCGACGCAUGACCAGCAACCCCCCCGCCCAAACGGAGCUCCCCCCCUCCACCCCCACGCCUUCCUAGAACAAUCUGAAGCGUUGCCGUUGGUUACGCGUCGACCCGACAACCGUCGAAACACACUUCUACCCCCCAACAACCACCCUAACAACCGCACUCACAACCCUCUCCUCCCUCCUCACCCCCUCCCCCCUCUCCGUCAACCUCACCCCCACCCUGCCUUCCUCCCCCCCGCCUCUCGUCAUAAGGACACCUCCCCCUUCCUCCCCCCCUCCUCCUGCCCUCUCCCCCUCCCCCUCCUUCACUACACCAUGCAACAGCUCUUCACCCGUUCUCUCUCUCACCUUCCUCCUCUCCACAAGGGGGACGUUAUGAACUCUGACACUUACAUGGAGGGGAACCCUUUCCCCCCUCAGCACAACCCCUCCUCCUCCUCCUCUCAUCUCUCCUUCCCUCCUCUCUCCCUCGCUCUGAUGGGCGGGUUGGAUCGGCUGGAUGGAGGGAUGCAUCAUCUUCAUGACAGAGAUAGAGAGAGGGAUGGAGGGAUGAGAGGAGGAGGGGAUGGAGGGAUGGAUUCAGGGAUGUAUCUCGGACCGGGUUCAUCUCAGGAGGGUUUGUCUCCCUGUCAUCUGAAGAAAGCCAAACUGAUGUUCUUCUAUGCUAGAUACCCCAGCUCUAACACACUCAAGACUUACUUCCCUGAUGUCAAGUUUAACCGCUGCGUGACCUCCCAGCUGAUCAAGUGGUUCAGUAACUUCCGGGAGUUCUUCUACAUCCAGAUGGAGCGCUUCGCCAGGCAGGCUGCCCGCGACGGCUUACCCAGGGACGGUGCACCCUGCCUGGGUAGAGAUAGCAGAGAGCCCCCCCUACGCCUGGGGAGAGACACGGAGCUCUAUCGCAUACUGAACAUGCACUAUAACAAGAGCAACGACUAUCAGGUUCCUGACAGGUUUGUAGAGAUAGCAGAGUUAGCCCUGAGGGAGUUCUUCACAGCCAUACAGACAGGACGUGACAGUGACCCCUGUUGGAAGAAAUCCAUUUAUAAGAUGAUCUGUAAACUAGAUAGUCCCGUACCGGAUAGUUUUAGACUGCCUGGCUGCCCCAUGGGCUGAGGAGAGGACAGACACACACACCGUAUGGGACACACACACCAUACACACACUGGGAACACACACACACACACACACACAAUGAGCUGACGAACAACAAUGAAAUGUUGCAAUUAUUAUACAUACAAUACAUGUGACUUAUAAUGGAGAGAGCAAGGAAGAUCUAAUGGAAUGGAAUUACUGUACUAUAAUAUUACUAUACUAUUAUACUAUUACUAUACUAUUACUAUACUAUUAUACUAUUACUGUA